GGUGCCAUGAGGAAGCCACGCAAGAAGUCACGGCAGAAUGCCGAGGGCCGACGCUCCCCGUCCCCAUACAGCCUCAAGUGCUCUCCCACACGAGAGACUCUGACCUAUGCCCAGGCCCAGCGGAUUGUUGAAGUGGACAUUGAUGGCCGCCUGCAUCGCAUCAGUAUCUAUGACCCCCUGAAGAUCAUCACGGAGGAUGAGCUGACUGCUCAGGAUAUCACGGAAUGCAAUAGUAACAAGGAAAACAGUGAGCAGCCCCAGUUCCCUGGCAAGUCCAAAAAACCCUCAUCCAAAGGCAAGAAGAAAGAAUCUUGUUCCAAGCAUGCAUCUGGCACCUCCUUUCACCUCCCGCAGCCCAGCUUUCGCAUGGUGGACUCAGCCAACCAGCCGGAGGCCCCUCCUUUGCCUACUGCCUACUACAGGUACAUUGAGAAGCCACCUGAAGACCUGGAUGCAGAGGUAGAGUAUGACAUGGAUGAGGAAGACCUUGCCUGGCUUGACAUGGUGAAUGAGAAACGACGGGUAGAUGGGCAUAGUUUUGUGUCAGCAGACACCUUUGAGCUGCUAAUGGACAGGCUUGAGAAAGAGUCCUACUUAGAGAGCCGCAGCAGUGGAGCCCAGCAGUCACUCAUCGAUGAAGAUGCCUUUUGCUGUGUCUGCCUGGAUGAUGAAUGCCACAAUAGCAAUGUCAUUCUGUUUUGUGACAUUUGCAACCUGGCUGUGCACCAGGAGUGCUAUGGUGUUCCUUACAUCCCUGAGGGCCAGUGGCUUUGCCGCUGCUGUCUGCAGUCCCCCUCUCGGCCUGUGGAUUGCGUUCUGUGUCCUAACAAGGGCGGCGCCUUCAAACAGACCAGCGAUGGGCACUGGGCCCAUGUGGUAUGCGCCAUCUGGAUCCCUGAAGUCUGCUUUGCUAACACCGUGUUCCUGGAGCCCAUUGAGGGCAUUGACAACAUCCCACCUGCACGCUGGAAAUUAACAUGUUAUAUCUGCAAGCAGAAGGGGCUGGGUGCAGCCAUCCAGUGCCAUAAAGUGAACUGCUACACGGCCUUUCAUGUGACAUGUGCACAGCGGGCUGGGCUCUUCAUGAAGAUCGAGCCCAUGCGGGAGACUAGCCUCAAUGGCACAAUCUUCACAGUGCGCAAGACGGCCUACUGUGAGGCCCACUCACCACCAAGUGCCACCACUGCAAGAAGAAAGGGUGACUCCCCCGGAAGCCAUAGCGAAGCUGUGGGUGAAGAAGGACUAAAGGAGGGUGGUGGGGAAGAGGAAGAAGAUGAAAAAGAGGUGGAAGAUGAAGAGGAAGAAGGCCAAGGUGGGGUGGGACCUCCUAAGGGAAUAUCUAAGAAGAACAAGAUAAGUCUGAAACAAAAGAUCAAGAAGGAACCAGAAGAAGUGGGCCGGGACACACCCUCCAUGGUCCCAAUGGUCACUGUACCACAGAUCCCCUCCUACAGGUUGAACAAGAUCUGUAGUGGUCUCUCCUUUCAGAGGAAAAAUCAGUUCAUGCAGCGGCUUCACAACUACUGGCUAUUGAAGCGGCAGGCACGAAAUGGUGUGCCCCUCAUCCGGCGCCUACACUCCCACCUGCAGUCCCAAAGGAAUGCUGAGCAGCGAGAGCAUGAUGAGAAAACAAGUGCAGUGAAGGAAGAACUGAAAUAUUGGCAGAAACUCCGGCAUGACUUGGAGCGGGCACGGCUGCUGAUUGAGCUAAUUCGGAAGAGAGAGAAGCUCAAGAGGGAGCAGGUGAAAGUCCAGCAGGCUGCCAUGGAGCUGGAACUGAUGCCAUUCAAUGUUUUGUUGAGGACAACGCUGGACCUACUCCAGGAGAAGGAUCCUGCGCACAUCUUUGCUGAGCCUGUUAACCUGAGCGAGGUUCCAGAUUACCUGGAAUUCAUAUCCAAGCCAAUGGAUUUUUCUACUAUGAGGCGGAAGCUGGAUUCCCACCUGUAUCGCACCUUGGAAGAGUUUGAGGAGGACUUUAACCUUAUAGUUACCAACUGCAUGAAGUAUAAUGCUAAAGACACAAUUUUCCACCGAGCAGCUGUCCGUCUGCGGGACCUAGGAGGGGCCGUCUUGCGGCAUGCCCGGCGGCAGGCAGAGACCAUCGGCUAUGACCCUGAAAGGGGCAUCCAUCUGCCUGAGUCACCCAAAUUGGAAGACUUUUACCGCUUCUCCUGGGAAGACGUGGACAACAUCCUCAACCCAGAGAACCGGGCCCAUUUGUCCUCAGAGGUGCAGCUGAAGGAGCUGCUGGAUAAACUGGACCUGGUGAGUGCCAUGAGGUCCAGUGGGGCUCGGACACGGCGUGUCCGCCUGCUCCACCGGGAAAUCAACGCCAUCCGGCAGAAGCUGGCACAACCACCACCACCAUCGCCACUGCUGCCAGUGAACAAGACUGUGCUCAAUGGGGAACUACCAGCAGGGCCCCGCGGGGAUGCUGCUGUGCUAGAACAGGCCCUGCAGGAGGAGCCAGAAGACAGUGGGGACAGAGAUGACUCCAAGCUUCCUCCCCCACCAACCCUGGAGCCCACUGGGCCUGCACCGUCUCUGUCUGAGCAGGACUCUCCCCCAGAACCCCCUACUCUAAAACCCAUCAAUGAUAGCAAACCUCCAAGCCAUCUCCUAAAGCCCAGAAAAUUGGAAGAUGACGAGCUUUUGGAAAAAUCACCUCUGCAGUUAGGGAGCGAGCCCUUGCAACGCCUCCUCAGUGACAAUGGCCUCAACAGACUCUCCCUCACAUCCCCUGAUACCACCACUGGUGCCCCUGUCAGUGGUGUGGGCCGCCGCACCUCAGUCCUCUUCAGGAAGGCCAAGAAUGGAGUCAAGUUGCAGAGGAGCCCAGAGCGAGCUCUGGAGAAUGGCGAGGACCAUGGUGUGGCGGGCUCUCCUGCCUCUCCAAGCAGCGUUGAGGAUGAGCAGCUCUCCCGGAAGCGGCCACGCAGUCGGAGCUGUAGUGAGAGCGAAGGAGAAAGGUCCCCCCAGCAGGAGGAAGAGACAGGUGUGACCAAUGGCUUUGGAAAACACACCACCGAAAGCGGGUCUGACUCCGAGUGUAGUUUGAGUCUCAGUGGUGGACUGGCACUUGAAACCUGCAGUGGUCUGACUACUCCAAAACGAAGCCGUGGGAAGCCAGCCUUGUCCCGAGUACCCUUCUUAGAAGGUGUGAAUGGAGACUCUGACUACAAUGAUUCAGGCAGAAGCCUCCUGAUGCCCUUUGAAGACCGCGGAGACCUGGAGCCCCUGGAGCUGGUGUGGGCCAAGUGCAGAGGCUACCCCUCCUACCCCGCCUUGAUCAUCGAUCCCAAGAUGCCCCGGGAGGGCCUUCUGCACAAUGGUGUCCCCAUCCCAGUCCCCCCAAUGGAUGUGCUGAAGCUGGGCGAGCAGAGACAGGCAGAGGCUGGAGAGAAGCUCUUCCUUGUCCUCUUCUUUGAUAACAAGCGCACCUGGCAGUGGCUUCCAAGGGAUAAAGUCUUGCCCCUGGGUGUGGAGGACACUGUGGACAAGCUCAAGAUGCUGGAAGGCCGCAAGACCAGCAUCCGCAAGUCUGUGCAGGUGGCCUACGACCGAGCCAUGAUCCACCUGAGCCGAGUCCGCGGGCCCCACUCCUUCGUCACUUCCAGCUACUUGUGA